GACUCGUCCUCUUCCCUCGCCGCGAGCUCCGGGUUCCCCUGCGCAUAGCUAGGCCAAGCCAGGUAUACCCCAACCAUCGCAUGGGAGCCGCGACUGCCCCGACGAAGCGGAGACGCGGCCCCAGCAAGACGCAGGAGGAGGCCAUGGCGCGCGCGAGCCCGGAGGCGCGGCGGCGGCCGCGGCCGCGCCUGGUGGGCUAUGAGGAGCUGCCGGAGUACCUCAAGGACAACGAGUACAUCCGCGGGCACUACCGCGCCGAGUGGCCCGUCCGCGACGCGCUCCUCAGCGCCUUCGCCUGGCACAACGAGACGCUCAACGUCUGGACGCAUCUGGGAGGGUUCCUGUUCUUCCUAGCGCUCGCGGUCGCCGGAGGACGGAAGGAGGCCGCCGACGGUGCCGCUCCGGGUAUCAUGAGGUUCGUUGUGAGACUAGAUUCAUGGGGCAGCGACCAUCCGGGCCAGCCGAGGCACGACGACGCCGGGGCAUCGCUGCCCAGUGUGCCGCGGUGGCCGCGGACGGUGUUCCUGGUGGGGGCCAUGUCGUGCCUCGCCAUCAGCGCGGCGGCGCACCUGCUGGCGUGCCACUCGCGGCGCGCCAGCGCGGUGUUCUGGCAGCUGGACUACGCGGGCAUCUCCGUGAUGAUCGUCGCCUCCUUCGUGCCGCCGGUGUACUACGCCUUCCUCUGCCACCCGCCGGCGCGGGCGGCCUACCUGUGCGCCAUCGCGGCGCUGGGCGCGCUGGUGGUGGCCGCGCUGCUCUCCCCGUCCUGCUCGUCCCCGCGCUACCGCCGCCUCCGCGCGGCGCUGUUCCUGGCCAUGGGCCUGUCGGGCGUCGUCCCGGCGCUGCACGCGCUCUGGCUCAACUGGGGCCACGCCGCCUGCUACCUGGCGCUGGGCAUCGAGGUCGUCAUGGGCCUCACCUACGCCACGGGCGCCUGGUUCUACGUCAGCCGCGUGCCGGAGAAGUGGCGACCCGGGGUGUUCGACGUCGUCGGCCACAGCCACCAGAUCUUCCACGUCCUCGUGCUCGUCGGCGCCGUCACGCACUACGUCGCCGUCGCCGUGCUCAUCCACUGGCGGGAGAAGGUGGCCGUCGCCUGUGGCGCCGCGUCGGCGUAGGCUCACCUGUUUGGUUGGCUCACUCAACAACCAUUCGAAUGGCAAACCAAGUAGUCGCAACAUAGAUCAGCUCUAGAGUUUGAGUGUGACCUUCGACGAUUUAUAAUUUAAUUGAUGGGGUGAUUGAGUAUGGUGGUUCAUUAGUUCAUGAGAUUUAUCUGUCGAGUGAGUGCGUGCCUCAGAUUUCCAGACCUUUUGUUUCCAGCCUACUCAACUUUUUGUCCCGUCA